AUGAAGACCCAUUUCAAGAGUUAACAAAACUUCCCAUUUUGGCUCAGUCUUUUCUCAAAAAUCAGUCACAUUUUGGUUAAAAUUGGUUGAGUCCGCCCACUAAUACAUUGUGCUACCGAAAAAUAUGGAGAAUUUCAGAUAUGGAGCGACAUAUAUGGAAGAAAAAAUAAAUUGGUGGUAAGAUUUUGUUGGGUUUCCCUCCUUUUACUUCUUUUUUGCUUAAGAUUUUAGGGCUUCCUCCUUUCAAUUCCUUUUUGGCUGCCCUUGAGGCAAAGAAAAUUGGAGUUUGAAGAAGACGGGGAAAGGAAGCGAGCGCUAUUGGAAGAACAUUCACAUAGUGUUCAAGACUUUUUUGAGGUGUUUGCAGGAUUCAUAGUUUUUGAGAAGCAUCGUUGAAAUGGCAAGAAAAAGACAGAGAAAUUCUAGUCAAGACAGGCUUUUAUCUAAUUCCUCGGAGCAACAAGGACAACAAGUGGAAAGUGGGGCAAUGCCUGAACCACCUCAAAAUUGGCCACGAAAUGAAAGACAACCUAUCCAAUCUGGUAAUUUGUCUAGAAAUGAUUCACAUGAUAUAGAAAAUCUUCCAGAUUAUAGGGAGAGUGAAGAACAAUCUAAGCGGCCUAGGGGUCCUACUAUGAUGCACUCAGGAUGGGGAAAAGAUGGUGACAAUUUACAUGUUGAAUUGAAUGAUCGUGGACAAGUUAUUGGUCCAGAAGCAGCUAGAUUACAUUCAAAACUUGGUGUGAUAGCACGAAAUGGCAUUUUAGCGCCAUUGAAUCAUAGAGAUUGGAGGCUUGUUCCUGAUAUGUACAAGGAUAUAAUAUGGAGUGACAUUAAGGAAAAUACUUAUGCAACUGAUGAUAUGAGACGCAUUUUGAUGAUGUCAGUUGGAUCUAAAUGGAAAGAGUGGAAGCAUGAAGCAAAAAGUAAUGGCUAUGACCCGUAUAAUACUGAUAUUGAGCGCUUAGCUCAUCGUCCAAAGAGGGUUGCAGAAGAUCAGUGGCGUUCAUUAGUUCAUUAUUGGAGUUCAAAAGAAGCAAAGGAAAAGAGCGAGAGAAACAAAGAAAGUCGAAAAAAGUUGACUAUGCCACACACAUCAGGAAGAAAAAGUCUUGCUCAAAUUAUAGAUGAUAUGACAAAAGAGAAUACUGGUGUAAAGCCAACUCGUAUUGAGGUGUGGAAAAAAACUCACACUAGAGAGAAUAAACAACCAGUAAAUGACAUAGCCGGUGAAGUUAUGAAACAAAUGGAUGAUCUUGCUAAGGUGUAUCCCGAGUUAAAUGUCCCUGGAAGUGCUCGCAAUGAUAUAUAUUCACAAGUAAUGGGACCAGACACUCAUGGGAUUGUUCGAACUCUAGGAAAAGGAGCAGCUCCAAGUUUAGUUUAUGGCCCAGUAUAUAAACGAUCACAGUUGGAGCAACGAGAUUUUGAUGCAAGGGUUGAGAUAGAAGUUCAAAAAGCUACCGUAGCAAUCCAAAUUGAUAUGGAUAAAAAUUUGGCUGAAGCAAAACAAAAUAUGGAAGCAAAAAUGGAUGAAAGAAUGGAUGAAAAGGUGAAGGAAAAAGUGAAGGCUGAGAUGCAAGCAUACGUACAGAGUAUCGGUUUUAUGAAUGGCUCAAACAAUAAAUCAAUCAGUAAUGAAGAGCUUUCCCAUAACUCAGUUGAAGACCGCCAACAAUCAUUAUCUCCUGUAUCAGUUGUUCCAACAAAAAAGGUUAACUUAAUCAAGAACACCACAAAUAAUGGAGUUGACACACAAAAAAAGAACACUUUUGAAGAGUGUGUGAUACCAAUUAUUGGCAAGUGAUGCUCGAAUUGUGGAAAGAUGAAUUCCAUUUUGUCUUGUUGCAGAAUUUAUUCUAGAAGUUUAGGGAAUUAAAGAGAAAGUUUGGCGUAGUUUCAUGUUGAAAUCACUUUAGCUUUUAUGUUUUAGUUAGAAUUUGUUUUAUUUGAGAUAGAACAACAAGUCCUUUGAUUUGACAGCGUCUAACUUGCAAGGAGACCUUUCUCUGCUA